CAAAGCAAUAAAACCCCAGUUAAACCUUCGAGUCUGUGAAACGAUGCUUCUUCGUUUCCAUCAUUCUCAGUGAAUAGGGUUUCUUCUUCUUCUUCCAAUUCAGAGCCUUUCAAUUCGAUUCACUCUCUCACCAAUUCACCAUUGUUUCUUCUGCCAAGAUGCCUCCUCGCACCAAAAGAAAAGCGCCCCCACCAAACACUUCCUCCGAUUCUUCUCAUCGUGCUGAACCGAAGAAAUCGACUUCAAAGCAAUUUGAUCGGAUAGAUCACCUAUUUGAAUCAUAUGCAAAUAAGUCAUUGGGCUUGAUUGACCCAGACGGUAUUGAAGCACUUUGUAAAGAUGUGAAAGUGGACCAUACAGAUGUUAGAAUGCUAAUACUUGCGUGGAAAAUGAAAGCUGAAAAGCAAGGUUAUUUUUCCAAGGAUGAGUGGCGAAGAGGGCUCAAAUCUUUAGGAGCUGACACACUCGCAAAAUUCAAGAAAGCAAUAAAUGGACUGAAGAAAGAGCUGAUGGUACUGGAGUCCUUUGAGGAUUUCUAUUCCUAUGCUUUUCAGUACUGCCUAACUGAUAAGCAAAGGAGCAUAGAUAUUGAGACCAUCUGUGAGCUUUUGAAUGUUGUUCUGAGACCUGAAUUCCCUAAUCAAGUCGAUUUAUUAAUUGAAUAUCUAAAGAACCAGAAUGACUACAGGGCUCUAAGCAUGGACCACUGGCGAAAUUUUUAUCGUUUCUUUAAGGAGGUAAGCUUCAGAGAUCUUCAAAGUUAUGAUUCCAGUCAAGCUUGGCCAGUGAUCCUUGACAAUUUUGUUGAUUGGUUGAAAGAAAGAGAACAGAAAAUUUAGAUCUCACCUCCUUGAAGUUUGAGUUCAGCUUUAAUCUGACAACUGGAAACCAGAAUACAGUCUGAAGCGGAUUAACAAUUGUAUAUGACUGUUCUGAGUAAUCCAUUUGCGAUUUUGCUGCAAACAUUGUUAUGUUUCUCUAUGUAACAACAGCAUUCAUAUAGUCUCAACUGUCAUAGCUUUUCUGUUUUUUCUGGACCAGGAGAUAUUUUUUGAAAAGCAAUUUUGAUUCUUUGUGCUCAUUUUUUAACA